ACACCUGAAAUUCACCCAAGAAAAUAAUAGAGAAAAUAUGAAUGGAAAAAGUGUUCUCGUCUGGUCUGAGCCACCCUGUCAGUGACAUAGUCCCCUACUCCCUCUACUCAAAAAUUAAAACCUCUCCCUGCUCUGUCUCUCUGUCUCUCUCUCUCUCUCUCCCCUUCCCUUUUACUUUAUCCUGCAAAGUCCACAGCAAGAGGCGUUUGGAGCCACGACAAGUGCGUCAGAACACACACACUGCUACAACACCACCCCCAUCAUCACACACACAAAAAUCCCACUAACCACUACUACACUACCACUACUACUACUAUCUCUAUCUUACUCCCCUAAAUAAAUUCAAAUUCAUUUACCUACACAUCAAUUUCAAUUAACUCUUUCUUUUGAGAUUUGCGCCUCGAAUCACCCCUCCAUCAUCACCCCUCGUUUCUUUUUCUUUUCUCUAACCAAAGGCGGCGAUAUUACCACCAUUCACUUACUGCCCAAAAAAACCAAACCAUUUUUCUCUUAAUAUUUAUAUUCAUUUUUCACUCUGACACCUUCUUCUUCAUUUUUCAUUCUGACGCCAGUUUUCCUCUUUCUUCUUCUCCUUCUGCUUCUUUUCUGUGUGCAUGAAUGAACACAAAACAUUCAAUUCGAUUCAAUUUCCAUAUUUCCGAUAACAACACGUUUUUCUUUUCUUCUGUCCAUCAAGUCAUAAUAAUAACUGCUCCUCUCUCUUUCCCCAACUACCUUGUUACUCACCACCACCUUCAACCUUUUGCAAUAUUUUAUUUUCUUUUAUUCAUUUUUUUUCUUAUAUUCGUGACCACUAGCUAUAGCUGUUGGUGUAUUCGUCAACAUUAUCAUCAAUGCAAAACGUGAAAUACGGUCUUCGUCAAGUGUUGAUGUUGCUGUGAAGAGUAAAGCGCCACAACGUGUUACUUACAUGGUGGUUAUAACGGUUUAGUUUGAAGGAGAAACCCAAAGAGAGAGAGAAAAGAAAAGGAAAAGGAAAAAGAAAAUGAAGUUUAUGAAGUUGGGAUCAAAGCCUGAUGCCCUUAAAGCUGAUGGAAAAUCUGUCAGGGUGGUCCAUCAUUUAGAGCUGUGUGAACAUGUUUGUGGUCCAAAUAUGGGGAAGUGGUUGUUGGUUCGUCCACUUUCUUGAAUCAUGGCAACAAGCAAAGCCACAUUUAAGACCAUGUUAAUUGUCUUAAAUAAUGGAAUAGAUGAGUUAUAUGCAUGAGAAAUUGUAUGUGUCAUCUGAAUUGGCUACAGAUAUCACAAUCACUGUCGGUGAAGUUAAGUUUUGCCUUCACAAGUUCCCUCUACUCUCCAAGAGCAAUCGAUUACAGAGGUUGGUAUCGAAGGUUGAUGAAGAGAAUUCUGAUGAAAUAUACUUGGAUGACUUCCCUGGAGGACCGAAGGCCUUCGAAGUUUGCGCAAAAUUCUGCUAUGGAAUGACAGUAACUCUAAAUCCUUAUAAUGUAGUGGCUGCUCGUUGUGCCGCGGAGUUCCUUGAGAUGACUGAAGAUAUCGAUAAAGGAAACUUGAUUUUCAAGAUUGAGGUGUUUUUGAACUCUAGUAUCUUUCGUAGCUGGAAAGAUUCGAUAAUUGUUCUCCAAACAACAAAGGCUCUUCUUCCAUGGUCUGAGGAUCUGAAGAUCAUUGGGAGAUGCAUUGAUUCCAUUGCUUCAAAGACUUCAGUGGACCCAGGCAACAUCACUUGGUCUUACACUUAUAACCGGAAAUUAACAGAACCGGAUAAUAUUGUGGAGGAGACAUCCCAAGAGAAAGUUAAGCAUGUUCCAAGGGAUUGGUGGGUUGAAGAUAUAUGUGAAUUGGACAUUGAUCUUUAUAGAAGAGUGAUGAUUACAGUGAAAUCAAAGGGAAGAAUGGAUGGUGUUGUGAUUGGGGAGGCACUAAAAAUCUAUGCUAUAAGAUGGUUACCCGAUUCUGUAGAUGAAUUGGUGUCCGGUGCACAUGCCCAGAGGUACAAAACUUUGGUAGAAACCAUUGUGUGUCUGCUGCCGAGUGAUAAUGGCGUUGGUUGUUCCUGUAGCUUCUUGCUCAAGUUAUUGAAAGUGGCAAUACUAGUUGAAGCUGAUGAGUCAUCGAGAGAAGAGUUGAUGAAGAGCAUCAGCCUGAAAUUACAUGAAGCUUCUGUGAAAGACUUGUUGAUUCCAGCAAGGUCUCCUCAAAGUACUAUGUUUGAUGUUGAUUUGGUACAAGGUCUUUUGAAUCGAUACAUGAGUGAAGAAAAGGACGGCCUUAAUUUCGAAGCCAAUGAGAAGAAAGAUAAGGUAAAUGAUGAAUCUCUUUUGAGGAGUAUGUCCUUGUUGAAUGUUGGCAAGUUGGUUGAUGGUUAUAUCAGAGAAAUUUCGCACGAUCCGAAUCUCAGCCUCGCUAGUUUUAUUGCUUUGUCUCAGUCAAUUCCAAAGUCUGCUAGGCCAAAUCAUGAUGGUUUGUACAGAGCUAUUGAUAUCUACUUGAAGGAGCACCCUGGUCUGACAAAAGCUGAAAAAAAGAACAUAUGUGGACUCAUGGAUGUCAAAAAAUUAACCAUUGAUGCGUCGACGCACGCCGCUCAAAAUGAUCGUCUUCCUCUCCGGGUUAUAGUGCAGGUUCUCUAUUUUGAGCAGGUCAAAGCUUCUGCCAUCCCUCAAUCCAUUAAUAACAUUCCACACGGCCCUUCAAAUGCCGACUCAAACGGAGACGACGAAUGCAAACAAACUGAGGGUGAGAGCUGUCAAUACCUUGACAACCAAGUAUGUCACUUGAAAGAAGGAGAGUUGUGCAAGAAUGGAAAAUUGAACAAGAAGAAUAGCAAGAACAGCCGGAGCGGCACGCAGUUGUUGCCUUCUCGGUCGAGGAGGAUCUUCGAUAAGUUGUGGAAUGUGGGAAAAGGACAGGCAGAGAAUAGGAGUUCAGAGACUUCAGGGAGUUCUAAUAGCCCAGCUUCAAUAGUUCCUGGGGACACCAAAUCUUCUGGUUCAUCUUUAAGACAUCGGAGGCAUUCUAUAUCUUAGUUGAAUUUUGAUAUGAUAAAAUUGUUCAAAACAAGUGAAGGAGAUGAUUCAGAAUUGUUAUGGAAGUGUAAAGUGGUGUAGGAUGUAAUGUAAGGUAAUGUAUGUAUUUUGGUAUGCAUGCACAGGAAUUGAAGAAAAUGUGUACAUUUUUUUUGGCGGGUGUCUAAUAUUUGAUAUUUUGAUGGUAA